GGUUCAGAGUGAUGGGUUACCGCCUCGUGUUUAGCUAAGGGGGUAAGACUCUCCGUUUCUUUCUCACAGAGGGAUUAUGAUCAUCCGGUUCAGCGCAGAACGUCUAAAACUCUCCAUAUCAGGGCGGGAUGUGACAGUGGCGCUGGGAGGCUUCAACUAGAUCCACAAGCGUUUCUGUGCGACUGGACUGUCAACACUGUGGCCAGUGGGGAUGUAAACCACCAGUGUGGAGUUUUUUUUUUCUUCUAAAGAGUGAAGCGGCGUUCAGUUAGCAUGUAUUAGCCCACUCGCCUCGCUGCUGCAAGUUUAGCUUUUGUUUGCAACACCUUCUCAAAAGGCCAUUGGUCCAGAAAGAUGACGACCGAGGACUCCAUGACAGACCUCGUGAGGACUGACUCAGUCUCAGCGAUGGACCCCAGUCUAAUAACCGGCUUGGAGAGCCAAGACACUCCACCCAAAGGCAAAAAGGCCAAUUCUGGACUGCGGCGCCCCGAAAAGCCCCCUUACUCCUAUAUUGCGCUUAUAGUCAUGGCCAUCCAGAGCGCUCCGGCCAAACGCCUGACCCUAAGUGAGAUCUACCAGUUCCUGCAGGCGCGCUUUCCUUUCUUCCGCGGAUCUUAUCAGGGCUGGAAAAACUCCGUGCGCCACAACUUGUCCCUCAACGAGUGCUUUAUUAAGCUGCCCAAAGGCCUGGGCCGCCCCGGGAAAGGCCAUUACUGGACCAUAGAUCCUUCCAGCGAGUUCAUGUUUGAGGAGGGCUCUUUUCGACGCAGACCACGGGGCUUUCGGAGAAAAUGCCAGGUCCUUAAACCCAUGUAUCGGAUGAUGAACGGCCUCGGACUCGGUUCAGCCAUUUUGCCCCAAGGCUUCGACUUCCAAACGCAAUCCUGCCACGCAAAUGGGUACAAUCUGGAUAUGAUGACUGGGAACGUCACCAGCAGCGGCUAUGAUCCACUGAGCAUCGGUCAUUAUGGACAGCAUAUGCCCUCCAGCCAGAGCUCCACUUUGGCGAGCUGCUCGUUGGCGAUGAGUGGAGACUAUGGAGGGAACAGUCCAGCUCCUGCUUCCCCUGCAAUAGCGAGCCACCCUCAGUACUCUGGAGCAUCUCCACCCUGGCCUUCCUCUAGUUCUCCUUACCUGAAACAGCCUCCACUUAGUUCUAGCAGCCCGGGGUCAUCAGCUCUCCACCACAGCAUCUCACCAUACCACCACAUGGAGCAGGCCUAUCUCCAACCCAGCUCAAGAAACACUGCAGACAUGGCAGUGGGGGUAUCGUGCUACCAGGCCCACUCCUCUCCAGUGACCGAACGAAAGGACUUUCUAUUAAAUUUCAACGGCAUCCCAUCGCUCCCUUCAUCUGCUAGUGGAUAUUACCAUCACCAUCACCUCCAUCAUCACCACCAGAGCGCUCACCAAGACGUUAAACCGUGUGUGAUGUGAAAGUGAAGUUGCUGAUCGGAAGCGCACAUAUGGCUGUACCAGGACACACUGCGCACUGAACCCGGGGGAGGCCAGCACUGAUAUUCAUUUAGCAAAGGAAUGUUUAAAUUUAUGAUUGUUUUAUUUGUAAGGUAACUGUUCUUGUACUCUUUAAUAAAAUGUAUAAAUA